AUGGAGGCCAUUAAUAUCAAGAAAUAUAUCAGGGAGAAUAGAGAGAUAGUGCUGCUGAUAUAUGAUUUCUAUGAAACACGGCACAUUCCGACUAAGAUGACGAAUUUGAAGAAGAAUCUGUCGCUUUUUCCGGUGGCGAAUGUGCCGCUACUUGAGUACAUUUUGUCGAGUCUGUAUGAUCAGCAGUUUUUCAAUGUGAUUCUUGCCGGAAGCGGUUGUGAAGAGGUGAUUUCGCAUGCAAUAAAGAUAGAUGUAUCUGGGAAAAUGAAUAUUGCGACACUUGACUGUGACGGCAAGUCACUUGGAGACUUGAUGAGGCACAUUGACGAGAACGGGCUUGACUUUGAUGAUCUGCUGGUUAUAUAUGCAAACCACUACACAAACUAUCCUUUGAGGAGCAUUUUGGAGAGGCACAGGAAGGGAAAGGACGUGAUCAUGACUUUGUUUCUGCACCCGAGCGAGAGCAACAGCAAUGUGUCUCACCUGUAUGGAUUUAAUGGAGAAGAGGUUGUUUUCUACAGCAAAUGCGUAAAUGAUGUGUAUGAUGGGAGGAAGGUGGUGAAUGCGGUGCUAGACAAUGGAGCGAUUGAGUUUACAGCAGGACUAUCGUCACCCACGAUUGCUGUUGUGUCUUCUAAGAUAUUUCCGUUGUUUACGGAGAAUUUUGACUUUGGAACCUUGGGCGAUUUGGUGAAGGGAGUUCUUGCGUUUAAUGCAUACAGCUUUAAGGUAAUGUGCUGUGUUCAAGGACAAACUGAUGUGAUGGAGGAGGAGAUUUCAGGCAUGAGCAUUGGGAAGAAUGGCGGGUUUUAUAGCAAAGAGAUAGUGACGCUGUAUGACUACUUCAAGUUCAAUGAGGAUGUCCGAGAAGGCAAGGCAGUUGAUCUACGGAAGUUCAGAUGGAGAGGAACGGACAGAUUCCAGAGCUUUGUGCAGGUGCAGAGUAAUUUUUUUGUUGAUGAGCCGAGUGAGCCUGACAUAGAGCUAUAUGAGCCGAUUUCCAACACUGUGGUUGGAUGCGAUCUGAAGUUUGCGAUGAAUCAUUUUAUCAGGGACUCUGUUGUUGGGCAUGGAUGCUUUAUUGGCGGGAAUGUGAACAGAUGCAUUGUAUGGGACGAUGUGUGCAUUGAGAAUGACUUUAUGGACCAUAUUAUGUAUUCUGAAGGGCAGACGUUUCACUGCAGCCAUCUUGAGGAGGAUGAGGGCGAGGAAGACUACUGCAGCAAGGAAAGGACGUCUUUUUUUGAUGAUGUGCUGGCGUAUAUGAUGGAGGUUGCGCAUAGAGAUGAUGUUGAGGAGAUUGGCAUUGAGGAUGUUGUUAAACAGAUAACGCUAUUAAGGAUAGUGUGGAAUGCAUCUGAGGUGGACUUGAUUGAGGCGUUUUCGAUGUUUUUGGUGGAGGUUGUUGAAGAGGAGGAUGUGGAUGGGAGUACUAUUAAGGGAUCGAUGUUUUUCCCGGUGAUUGAAGAGCAUAUGUAUGAGAUAGAGAUGCAAGAGAUGCUGAUGAGUCUGGUUCUGCAAGGGCUGAGCGAAUAUCCAAAGGGAGUACGAAGGAAUGUUGUGAAUAGGUAUGGAUACCUAUUGUUUGGCGAUGGGAUAAUAUCUCGCUCUGUGCUGAAGAAGUACAGCACACUUGUAAAGUGA